UGGAUGUCACUGAUUCGCUGUUGUGCAAAUACGGGCUGUGGUUAUUUUUAUUUAGUUUGGUUAGUAGGGGCAGGGUUUCGGUUUGCUUAGGGAUGUACGAAAAUUUUCGAAUUGUGGAUUUAUGAAAGCUGGAAGCAGCAACUGGGAUUAGGUGAUUGAGUGCCAGACAGUAAACAAACGAUUCAAUUUAAUUAAAUUAAAAAGCACUGGCAGCCAUGAGUGGCCUAUUGAAGAACCAGCUACUGAAGCAACUUUCCAAGUUUACCAAGAAUAUGUCAGCUGACCAGAUAAAUCUGAGCGCCAUGAAAGGCGAAGGGGAUCUGAUGAACCUUGAGCUGGAUGAAAUCGUCCUCAUGAACAUUCUCGACAUGCCGCCAUGGAUCAGAAUCUACAGAGCAUUCUGCAAUAAGAUGACUAUCAAGAUUCAGUGGAUGAAGCUAAACACACAGCCGAUAGUUUUGCACUUGGAUGAAGUGACAGUUGACAUGGAAACAUGCUACUACCGACCGCCAUCAUCUUCGUCUUCUUCUUCUUCCAGAACUUCUUCCAAAUCAGCUUUUGGCACAGGGAAGUAUGGCUACAUUGAGCAGGUCCUCGAUGGCAUAUCAGUCAGUAUCAACGCCAUCAACAUCAACUUCAAGUCGCUUUCAUUCCAGGCCUCAUUCCAAAUGUCGCAGGUGGCAGUCGAUAGUUGCACGCCGGCGUGGAGGAGUGCCUCACUCGACCACACUCGCAUCAAGAACCAAUCAGAAGGCUCCAUUCUCAUCUUCAAGCAAGUUCAGUGGCAAGCUGUUCGAAUUGAAGCCAAUGCAUUGGCUAGUUGGAUUGCCACCACACCUCUGAGACUCAUUGCCAACCAAUCAAAAAUUCGAGUAACUCUUAAGAAAAACCUUUCUGACUCCUCAGUGUUGACCUCGAGAAUUGAACUGCACAUGGAUGAUUUGCUGUGGGUCGUGACGGAUAGUCAGUUGUUUGCUGCAUUGUCUUUUGUGCAGGACCUCAUGAACAUCAUCAACACGCACCCACAGCUGCUCCUGAAAGAUGCAAAUCCUAAACCAAAUCAACAACAACGACGAAAACCUCAACCACAAAAACAACAAACUGAGCAACAUUUUCAUCGAAAAGGAGAACAAUAUGAAGAACUGGCACGACAACAACAGCAGCAGCAGCAUGCUAGCUUGAUGCUGUUUAAUAAGUUCAACAUUUCAGAAUCAUCAUGUCAUUUGAUCAUCAAUAGAUCAGAAGUUCACCUCUCUGACGACGCUCACCAAGAGAAUGAAGGUUACAGAAGUCACGUGGAAGGCGGGGCCAUGCAGCUCGUCAUCAUCCAGUUAGAAUUCAGUUACUAUCCGUGGAGGAAAGCAGGAACAUCAAGAAGUGGUUGGUUGCACUUCAACGAAUGCAGCAGAGAGGCAGAAAUGUGGUUCAACAAAUUCUUGCAAAUUGAUGGUAAGCUGAGUACCUGCGUACCAUCAGUCAAUGAUCCUUCGAGGGGUGUUGCCUUCAUGAUGGAAGAAUGUGUGGUUGUCAGUCUCGAGGAUUUUUGCCUCUACAGAGUUUCAACGCAACACGACAAGAGCAGAUCAAAACCCAAAAAGUUUUUAUCUUCGGACAAGAAGCGACUCAUCCUACCUCAGGACAUGUCAACUUUGCAUGUAGAUGUCACCAACUACACUAGCGUGGGACCAUCGUCGGAGUUGUCGUCUUCAAUGUUCAUAACCAUCAAUCCGAUCUGUCUGUCGGUAGAUUAUCUCUCAUUAGUUUGGCUGCAUACUUUUAUUCUCAACGUCAUGAAGAAAGCCGUAAGUUUUCUCUUUUUGUCUGUCUGUAUGUCUCUAUGUAUGUAUGUCUCUGUCUUUCUUUGUCUUUCUCUUUCUCAUCUUUUCAAUCAAAUCAUUCAUUACAUUUUUGAAGCUGAAUGUUAA